CCAAUGGCGGCGCGGCCCGCGCGGGGAUUUCCAGGUCCGGCGGCGGCGCGGCCUCGGGGGGCGGCGGCGGGACCGGGACCGGGACCUCCGGGAUCACCGGGACGGCCACCGGGAUCGCCACCUCCGGGACCGGCACCUCGGGGACCACCGGGACCGGCACCGGGAUCGCCACCUCCGGGAUCACCGGGACCGACACCACCGGGACCGACACCACCGGGAUCGCCACCGGGAUCGCCAGCGGCACCUCCGGGAUCGCCACCGGUACCGCCGCUCCGGGACCACCGGCACCGCCACCGGGAUAGCCACCGGGACAUGGCGCUGCCGCUCGGAGCGGCCGUGCAGGAUCCCGGGCUGGCCAUGGCCCACGGAGCACCGGGGACAGAUGAUUUGGGUGAGCGCGAGCGGAGAGAUUCGACAUUUUCACCGUUUCCCGGGAAUUUGA